ACUGAACGCCUCUCUCUCCCUCUCUCUCCCUCUGUCUCUCUCUCUGCCCCCUCCUCAUUCCAUCUUGCCAUCCUCCCCCACACGACAAUCCAGCACAGAAGCCUUGCAUUGUAGCGGCAGACAUCUGACAUCCCCGGUCCGGUGGCGGUGAGACGCGGGGAGGGGGGACGCACCGAGUGAUGCUCCUGCAGCACCGUCAUCUCGCGCCAGCGAAAACAAACCAAGAAUAAACAGUCACUUCUGCCGGAGGAAUAAAAACGUUCGCCUCGACAGAGCAACUGCUCAUGAAGAUGUCUAACGUUGACAUGGUGUUAAACGCCACUGAACGAGUGGUCAAAUCUGUGCCCUUCCCCCUGAGCCAUCGGCUCACCAUGAAGGAGGUGUUCGACAGCGAGGGGAAGCCCCGUGUGGACCUGCUGAAGGCCCACCUGACCAAGGAGGGCCGCGUGGAGGAGGCCGUGGCCCUACGCAUCAUCAACGAGGGCGCCGCCAUCCUGCGGCAGGAGAAGACCAUGCUGGACAUCGAGGCCCCGGUCACAGUGUGUGGCGACAUCCACGGGCAGUUCUUCGACCUAAUGAAGCUGUUCGAGGUGGGAGGCUCGCCAGCCACAACACGGUAUCUCUUCCUGGGAGACUACGUGGAUCGAGGGUACUUCAGUAUCGAGUGCGUGCUGUACCUCUGGUCGCUGAAAAUCCUGUACCCAAAGACACUAUUUUUAUUGCGAGGAAACCACGAAUGUAGACAUUUGACAGAGUAUUUCACUUUCAAACAAGAAUGUAAAAUCAAGUAUUCCGAACAGGUGUAUGACUCGUGCAUGGAUGCCUUCGACUGCCUCCCCCUUGCCGCCCUCAUGAACCAGCAGUUCCUGUGCGUUCACGGCGGCCUCUCCCCAGAAAUCCACACCCUAGACGACAUCAAGAAGCUGGACCGGUUCAAGGAGCCACCCGCAUUUGGGCCCAUGUGCGAUCUUCUGUGGUCAGACCCGCUGGAGGACUUUGGGAACGAGAAGACCCAGGAGUACUUCAGCCAUAACACAGUCAGAGGCUGCUCCUACUUCUACAGUUACGCCGCCGUGUGUGAGUUUCUACAGAACAAUAACUUGCUCUCAGUCAUCCGGGCUCACGAAGCACAGGAUGCUGGUUACCGGAUGUACCGGAAGAGCCAGACCACCGGCUUCCCCUCUCUAAUCACCAUCUUCUCAGCACCGAACUACCUUGAUGUUUACAAUAACAAAGCUGCUGUCCUGAAAUACGAGAACAACGUCAUGAACAUCCGGCAGUUUAACUGCUCCCCCCACCCCUACUGGCUGCCAAACUUCAUGGACGUUUUCACCUGGUCGCUUCCCUUCGUCGGCGAGAAAGUCACGGAGAUGCUGGUCAACGUGCUGAGCAUCUGCUCCGAUGAUGAGCUCAUGAACGACGGCGAUGAAAUCUUCGACGCCAACGCCGCUGCUGCGAGGAAGGAGGUGAUCAGGAACAAGAUCCGAGCGAUCGGGAAGAUGGCCAAGAUGUUCUCUGUGCUGAGAGAGGAGAGUGAGAACGUCCUGACUCUGAAGGGCUUGACACCCACCGGCAUGCUCCCCAGCGGGGUUCUCUCCGGGGGCAAACAGACACUGCAGAGCGCUACGAUCGAGGCCAUUGAAGCCAUCGAGACUGAACAAGAGGACGGAGAAGCGGUCCGUGGGUUUUCGCCCCAACACAAGAUCAGCAGCUUCGAGGAAGCGAAGGGCCUGGACCGCAUCAACGAGAGGAUGCCCCCACGCAAGGACGCCGUCAACAACGUGGGACACUCUAUGGGCAAAAUGAACAUGUCAGAAUCCAACGGCACGGACGAUAACAGCAAUAUACAGUGAUCCGUCCGCUGCGAGCGCAAACCGCCGUCUGCUAGCGCCGGCACCGCUGACGACACGCGGCCGAACAUCGCAAAACUGCAAAUUCAGGCCUCAGCUAAACAACAACAACGACAACAAUGGACUUCAUCGACUGAAAUAUGUGUUUCUUUUUUUUUUUUUUUUUGCUUGAAUUUUAAUUAGAGAAACCAUCAGAUUUGAAAGGUGCUUUGCUUUUGAUGCUGUGUUGUUGGCAGCAGAUGCCUGGGAGGGGCAGGUCUGUGCAUGGUUGGAUUGGGGUGAAUCCGCUUUCAGGAAGUGGUCCCGAAGUACAUAAGCCGCUUCCCUUUCCUGUCAGGUGUGGGUCUUUCGGGUUUCCUUUGAGAUUCCUUAUUUACAUGCAUUGCCACUAUAUAUAAUACUAUAUAGCUAUGUUAUAUAUAUAUAUUAUAUAUAACAAUUUUAAUGACAUUUUUAAAUCAUAAACAUAUAAAAUGAUACUGCUGUUCAACAUGUUUUGCUACUACUAUUAAUGAAUAUAAAAUAUUUAUAAAAUUU